AUGAAGAGCCGCGCCUCCGCCACUCCACCACUCGCGGCGGCGGCGGCCUACGCCCGCCCCCCGCCCGCGGUGUCGUCGGCGGCGGGGCGGGGCGGGGCGGGGCGUCGCCUGCUGGCGGAGCGCUGCCUACAAAAGCGGGCGCGGCGCGGCGGCCGCACCAGUGCCCGCCCGGCCGCUGCCCUCCCAACCUCCUCCUCCUCCUCGCCCUCGUCCGCUCCGCUCGCCGCUGUGGCCAUGUCUCCGCUGUGGGUGCUGUGCGCGCUGGCGCUGGCGGCGGGCGCGGCGCCGCCCCCGCUGGUGGGCGAGGGCGCGCCCUGCCCGCGCUGCGACCCGGCCGCCUGCCCGCCCGAGGCGUCCGCCUGCGCCUUCGGCCUCGUCGCGCCCGACCCCUGCGGCUGCUGCGCGCAGGGCGUGUGCGGCGGCGCCGAGGGCGACAAGUGCUUCGACCGCCGCCUGCCGCUGCCCAAGGACGCCCUGCGCUUCGGCCCUUGCGGCGACAUGCUGCGGUGCGAGCUGCGCCGCGACCUCAAGCCGCGGGACGAGCCCGAGGCCAUCUGCGUGUGCCAGGAGCAGCGGCCCGUGUGCGGCACCGACAACCGCACCUACGACAACGAGUGCCAGCUGCGCCGCGAGGCCGUGCGCGCCCCCCUCGCCGGCGCCCCCCUCGCCCUCAAGCACGAGGGCCCCUGCGCCUCCGCGCCGUGGGUCAUCUCUGGACCAGCGGACCAGCACAGCUCUGUCCAUAGCAGCCUGGCUCUGGACUGUGAGGUGAAGGGUUACCCGACACCCAACAUCAUUUGGGAAUUCAAGGGCGAAGACGGAAGCUUCAAAGUGUUACCAAGCGACGACCUGUACGUGGCGGUGCAGAUGCGCGGGGGGCCCGAGCCCUUCAUGGCGACAUCAUGGGUGCAGAUCGUGGACCUGCGCCCGUCCGACUCGGGCACCUACACGUGCGUGGCGGGCAACAGCGAGGGCACCGCCCGCGCCUCCGCCACCGUCUCCGCCCGCUGAGUCCUGCGUUUAUUUUCAGUGCGAGCUUCUCCACUCACUACGUGCACGGCAGCAAGGACACAAGGAAUCUGCAGAGCGUAGGAGCGAAGAUCCGCCUGGGGCCAUGUGUGUAAACAGAAGGUUCUGAUCUCAACGCGGCGUAAGAAACGCGGUGUCGUUGGCCCGCGAGCAGGCCGCUGCACUUCCGGCAGCCCGGCGCCACGCGAAGCAAGGCCUCAUUGCCUGCUCGUGGGCGGGGGAGAGGAAAUGCGUGGAGCAGGGCGGAGGGCACGGAUGGACGGCGAGGGAAAGGAUGGGCUCGGGUGCGGGGCAAUUUCUCAUCGAUCAAUCAAAUUUUCAGAAAUCCACAAUUAGAAAAUACAAGUGUCGACAUGAUGCGUUAAAUAUAUUUAGUCACUUAGAAAACAGGUUAUUGUGGUUUUUCAGGCAUUUAAGGGCGGAAAGAAUGCGGAGGGAGAACGGAAGGAGGACGGAAGGAGAACGGAGGGAGAACGGAGGGAGAACGGAGGGAGGACGGAGGGAG